CACUUCCUCUUCCUCUUCCUCCUCCUCCUUGUCCUGUUGUUUUUUGCAAUGGAUCAUUAAAGUCUAUGGAUCAACUUGGGUUAACAAGACAUUAACACGCACACCGAAGUUCAUUUUAGCUGCAGAAGAGGAGCACUCAACAGUGUAUUUGUCAUUUGUGAAGUGUUUAUCAGCUUUUAAGAGUUUUAGGAGUUUGUCGUUUCAGAUUUCUGGACUGAAACUGCUGGAGAAAAUGUUUCACAGAUUUCUGAUCUGUUUGUUCAUGUGGCAUCUGACUGGUGUGUUUGGUGAUAAUGUGAUUAUCGAAAUGGAGGGGAAUUAUGUUAUUCUACGCACACAUACUAACAUACAGAGAAAUGAUGAAAUAGAGUGGCGGUUUGUAACUCAAGGGUUUAACAGUCGGAUAGCUAGACUCUAUAAAGCAGCUAAUAUAAUCUCAAUAUAUGAUGAUGUUCUUGAUGGGAGAUUCAGAGACAGACUGCAGGUGGAUAAUCAGACAGGAGAUCUCACCAUCACAAACAUCACAACUCAACACACUGGAUCUUAUCAAAUGAACAUAACAGGCCGUCACUAUAUUAAAGAGACUUUAUCCAGAUACUAUGUUAUUGUCCAUGCUCCUUUGGCCGCUCCUAUCAUCUACAGUUAUUGUCCACAAAAUCCUUCAUCAUCGAAAACAUCAUCAGUCUCAAAAUGUGUGUUGUUUUGUUCAGUGUUGAAUAUAAGAGAUGUGGGAGAUGUGAGUCUUUCCUGGUACAAAGGAAACAGUUUAUUGUCCAGCAUCAGUGUGUCUAAACCUUUUAACAUCAUUCUACCUCUGGAGGUUGAAUAUCAGGAUACAAACACAUACAGCUGUGUACUCAACAAUACCAUCACAAACCAAACUCAACAUUUUAACCGUUGUGGUUGUCAGUCGUGUUCAGACUCUGUCAAUUCUUGUGCUAAGACUGAAGCUGUUAUCCGAUUGGUCGUCUCUGCUCUGGUGGGUGUGGCUGCUGUAGCUGUUCUGUUUUGAUUUAUGACAUCAGAUCCAGAAGAGAUGAUCAUAAAUAUCAGAAUCAGAUUCUCACUUAUCAAUCACAUUUCAAACCACGAACAGGCCAAUUUCCCCACAUGGAAAAAACAUAUAUAAAUAUAUAUGUUUCAAUAUAGGUUUUGAUAUUUUACAUAUAUGUGACAUAUAUAAAAUUGGCCGUUUUCCUAUAUUAUAUGUACAUUAAUAAUUUUACCAAUACUUAGGUUAACAUAUAUGUGCAUAUAUGUUAACCUAUAUAUUGGUAAAAUUAUUAAAAUCUGUAGCUGCUAAUAAAUUAAACAUAAAUAAAGGUCCAACCAAUGACAGUAUGCACCUGCAGGAGCCAGGAUUCAAACCUCCAACCUUCCGAUCACAAAACAAAAUGCAAUCCCACGUGCCACUGUUGGGAUUUGAACACCCAACCUUCCGAUCAUUAGACAACUCGCUCUACCAUCUGCGGUACUGUCGCUGUUAAAGAACUUGGAACAGUAGCUGUUAAAUUGUAAACCAUUUUGUUAUACAUGUCCUAGACAGACCUUGUAAAUGUUUUAAACGUGCAGCCAUCAUAACUUUUCUCAUUGUAAUUGCCAUACACUCUUAAAACGAAUGUGUUAAAAUAACACAUCUAAUGUGUUGUCCUUCACAACUCUGUGUUAUUUUUGUGACAACACACUUUGUGUUGUUUUAACACAUCUUGUCCCUUUUCUUUAUUUAAACUCAAAAUCAAGAUGGAAUGACACAUAGUGUGUUAAAUAGGAUUAACACAUCCUUUCAUAGAGUGUAGUUAAAUUCCAUAAAAUGCCAAUUACAUGUGACACAAAUUUCAUGUUUUUGCACAUACAUAAGUUCUUGCAUUUUUUUUUGUUAGUUCUUAGUUAUUGCCUUGAUAGAAAAUAUGAGCUGGGCAUGUAUGACAUUUGCCAAAGUGAGAUAUGAGCUACAAAAUGACCAGAUCCUGCUUUAUAGGAGACAUAACUUAUAGGGCUCAUAUGUGGAUACCCAGCUAGAAAUAAAAAGUUCUAAGAACGUUCCCU